CGAACUUCAGCAGCAUGAUGAUGGUUUCUGGGAUGGCACGGAUAACUUAGAGGAGGACCUGGAUGAAGAAGCAACAGUCACCAACCAGUGGCCCCCUACAUAACCAAAAUAAUGCGUCUUAGCUGCAUGCCCGGCCUUCCAGAAGUGGAAGUGCGUCAACAGGGAUGGACAAGUGCCGGUUCCACGCAACUGCAACUUGAGCCUCAGUUUGAGGCCUUGUCAAGAAAGGAAUACUAACAAAAUGAGACCUGCUUCAACAAGCGUAUCAAGACAGAAGUAGUCCUUUCGUGGCUUCCAGGGCCGCCAUGUUUGACUCCUUGGAGCAGCGGCGACCCCAGACGGUGCGCCGAAUGUUACUACGAAGCAGAUCCAGAAGCGGGAGAGAACUAUGCCGACUCCAAGAAAAUGCUUCGGGAGGCUCGUCGGAAGCUUAAGGAAAACCGUCGACGGAAGAAGGAUCGCAAGCGCAUCAAGAAGGCCCGUUUGGAGAAGGAUUUUCUGUCGCAGAAGCUGAAUUGCCUUUCGCACGACAGCCGGCAUUGGCGCGCGGCUCCCCUAUCCUUCUGAGGACCUGAGGACCGUCGCUGCCACCCAGAAUUAUCUGUACUGCGAGCUCCCUUCUACAAUCUGACCAUAAAUCUCCUUGGGACCAUGCCAGGGGACAGAGUGACAGAGUAUCGUGCAUCAAGCGCACCUGGUGACUGCCAGUCGAGGAGCUGCCGCCUUUCUAGCGUCGCAUACUAUCCAAAUACCUCAGAUGACGCAUAUGAAGAGGCGCCCCUGGAAGCAGCAGCCAUAGCCACAGAAACAACAGUCCACGCAGGACAUCAGCUAUCUGAUCAGUCUAACGCCAGACGAAUGUCGAGCGAAUCUGCACCCAGCUCUAAAUGGCCGUCCUCAACUCUUUCGCCAUGUAUCUGGACCUGUCCGGCCGUCAAGGACUACUUCCGGAUGCCCGGGGAAAAGGUGGACCGGGUGAUGGAGAUCUUCUCUCAGCGCUACUGCGUCUGCAAUACACGGUAUUCGAUUUUUGUGCAGGCUUUUGCCAUGAUGAUGGCCCGAUACGGAUCUGCAGACCCAGUUUGAAGCCGGAGAUGCGUAUGCGCGUCGAGGACUUCAUCAAGAAUCUGCGGGGCAUCGACGGUUGCCACGACAGUGACAAGGACAUCUCAGCAUGGGUAUCUUCGAGCGCGUCACGUCGGGCGAAUUCAAGAAGGGCAGCGACCACGUCACUCUUGUGUAUCGUGCAACUAAAAACAAUGGGCGGACCUGACGCACGUGUACCCUAAAUAUUAAUUAAAAACAUUUUUGUAGAGCCAAAACUACCAAAAACCUAAA